AAUCUUAUUUCUAUUUUCCCUCUUUGCGUUUCUUCAUCUUCAUUCCAUCGUAUAAUCAAUUAAUCAUAUAAUAUCAUAUAUAAAUAAAUAAUAAAUAAUAAUAUUAUUAUUGUUACUCUUUCUUUCAAUCUUCAAACAAAAGAAUCAUUCUCUCUCCCUCUUUCUCUAAAACCUCUUUCUCUCUCCAAAAACCAAAAACCCACUCACCUCAAUCGGCGGUUGGCGGAUUCCGAUAGCCAUGGCGACGGCGGCGACACCAUCGUGGCAACCACAAGAACAAGGGUUCAAAGAGAUCUGCGCUCUAUUAGAGCAACAGAUUUCUCAUUCUUCUUCCGCUGAUAAGUCUCAGAUUUGGAACCAAAUUCAACAAUACUCCAAUCUUCCUGACUUCAACAAUUACCUUGUCUUCAUCUUUACUCGUGCUCAGGGAAUAUCUGUGGAGGUUCGGCAGGCUGCAGGAUUAUAUCUGAAGAAUAACAUGAAAAACGUAUAUAAUUUAAUGCAGCCUGAGUACCAGCAAUACGUGAAAUCAGAGUUGCUGCCUUGUCUUGGUGCAGCAGAUAAGCACAUAAGAUCUACGACGGGAACUAUUAUCAGUGUUGUUGUUCAAACCGGAGGAAUUUCACGGUGGCCUGAAUUAUUGCAAGCCCUUGUAAGUUGCUUGGACAGUAGUGAUCUAAAUCACAUGGAAGGUGCGAUGGAUGCAUUAUCCAAGAUUUGUGAAGAUGUUCCCCAAAUUCUUGACUCUGAUGUACCAGGGUUAGCAGAGCGUCCCAUCAAUAUAUUUCUUCCCAGAUUAUUUCGGUUUUUCCAAUCACCUCACGCUACAUUAAGAAAGCUAUCGCUGGGUUCUGUUAAUCAAUACAUUAUGUUGAUGCCUUCUGCCUUAUAUGUAUCCAUGGAUCAAUAUCUUCAAGGUCUGUUUAUUCUUGCAAAUGACCCUACUGCAGAAGUGCGGAAGUUGGUUUGUGCAGCAUUUGUCCAGCUGAUUGAAGUCCGUCCGUCUGUCUUGGAGCCACAUCUAAGGAAUGUGAUUGAAUAUAUGUUACAAGUCAACAAGGACCCAGAUGAAGAAGUGGCCCUUGAAUCCUGUGAAUUUUGGUCGGCAUAUUGUGAUGCUCAAAUGCCACCAGAAAACUUGAGAGAAUAUUUGCCUCGUCUUAUUCCAAUAUUGUUGUCAAACAUGGCUUAUGCAGAUGAUGAUGAAUCACUUAUUGAAGCUGAGGAAGAGGGUUCUCAACCUGAUCGAGAUCAGGAUCUUAAACCUCGAUUUCAUGUAUCAAGGUUUCAUGGAUCAGAUGAAGUAGAAGAUGAUGAUGAUGAUGUUGUUAAUACUUGGAAUUUACGGAAAUGUAGUGCAGCUGCUCUAGAUAUUCUCUCGAACGUGUUUGGAGAUGAGAUCCUUCCCACUCUGAUGCCUAUUGUUGAGGCCAAGCUGUCAACUGUCGGAGAUGAUGGCUGGAAAGAAAGGGAAGCUGCUGUCUUGGCACUUGGUGCCAUAGGCGAGGGUUGCAUCAAUGGUCUUUAUCCUCAUCUGCCAGAGAUUGUGGCAUUUCUUAUCCCUCUUCUUGAUGAUAAGUUUCCUCUGAUACGAAGUAUUUCAUGCUGGACAGUAUCUCGGUUUAGCAAAUUUAUUAUUCAGGGUAUUGGGCAUGCCAAGGGUUAUGAACAAUUUGAUAACGUUCUUAUGGGUCUUCUUCGAAGAAUUUUGGAUGAUAAUAAGCGUGUACAAGAGGCUGCUUGUUCAGCUUUUGCAACUCUGGAAGAGGAGGCUGCUGAAGAGCUGUCACCACGCUUGGAAAUCAUAUUAAAGCACCUGAUGGUUGCAUUUGGGAAAUAUCAGAGGCGAAAUCUCAGAAUUGUAUAUGAUGCUGUUGGAACUCUAGCUGAAGCUGUUGGGGGAGAGCUGAAUCAGCCUGUUUAUCUUGACAUUCUCAUGCCACCAUUAAUUGAGAAGUGGCAACAACUUUCAAAUUCAGACAAAGAUCUCUUUCCACUCCUAGAAUGCUUCACAUCUAUAGCACAUGCACUGGGUACUGGAUUCACUCCAUUUGCUGAACCUGUAUUUAGGAGGUGCAUAAAUAUAAUUCAGACCCAACAAUUGGCUAAGGCCAAUCCUGCUGCGGCUGGGGCUCAGUAUGACAAGGAAUUCAUUGUAUGCUCUCUUGAUCUUCUUUCUGGACUAGCAGAAGGUCUUGGCAGUGGAGUAGAGAGUUUGGUUUCACAAUGUUCUUUGAGGGACCUACUUUUGCAUUGUUGUACAGAUGAUGCUCCCGAUGUUCGACAAAGUGCCUUUGCCUUACUUGGAGACCUUGCUCGAGUGUGCGUGGUUCAUUUGCACCCUCGCUUGUCUGAGAUUCUUGAACUUGCUGCCAAACAACUGGAAAUUUCUAAGGUACAUGCGGCUAUUUCAGUAGCAAAUAAUGCAUGCUGGGCGAUUGGAGAAUUAGCAGUUAAGGUUCGUCAAGAAAUUUCACCGUUCGUUUUAAGUGUAAUUUCAUGCUUGGUACCAAUUCUUCAGCAUGCAGAGGGACUCAACAAGUCACUUAUAGAAAAUAGUGCAAUAACACUGGGGAGGCUUGCAUGGGUCUGUCCAGACCUUGUAUCACCACAUAUGGAGCAUUUCAUGCAACCUUGGUGCACUGCUCUUUCAAUGAUACGAGAUGAUGUUGAGAAAGAGGAUGCUUUUAGAGGUCUAUGUGCCAUGGUCAAAGCCAAUCCUUCUGGAGCUCUAAGUUCGCUUGUUUACAUGUGUAAAGCCAUUGCAAGUUGGCAUGAAAUAAGGAGUGAAGAUUUACACAAUGAAGUCUGCCAGGUCUUGCACGGAUAUAAACAGAUGCUGCGCAAUGGAGCAUGGGACCAGUGCAUGUCUGCUUUGGAGCCACCAAUAAAAGAAAAGCUUUCAAAAUAUCAAGUAUAAUUUGAUUGAGUGAGUGAGCAUUGUAUCUGCAUUGGCCUUGGUUGUUAUGUGUGUUGUCAUGCAAUAUAGGAGUCAUGAUUCAAUAUUGAGCUGGAGCCUAGUUUUGGUCCAAUUUUAUCGGUCAGGGUUAUCAGUAUGUAUACAAUUCAUUGAGCUUGAUGAUUACAGGCAGUUCCACAAGCCUUCAAGGUCUCAUUUGAUGGUGUUUCCUAUGAGAAAUGUACAGUGAAAUGGCUUUCAACCUUUGGAAAUGCUUGAUUCUUUGUUGUCUUUUAUAGUUAAAAAAGCCUUAAUUAAAGGCUAUGAGUUUGAUUCGACCUUUGAGUUCAUCGUCACAGUUUUCCAAUAUUUGUUAGUGAGUUUAUAGGUUUUGUCGCUUUGGUUAUACAGUUUUGUAUCACUAGAUAGAGAGGGAAGUAGAUGGAAGGAGGUGUCAUAACUAGACACGACAACCUGUAGUUUCCACCGUAUUUAGUUGUUCCAUGGUUUGUAACACUUGAAACCAGUUGCAGCUAUGUGUUGCCUUAUGUAGGGCAUCGUUUGAAUUUUGAUUGAGACUAAACUUUUAAACUUUUGCA